AUGACUACUGCCUUUGUCUCCUGGCCAUCAGCGCCGUUGACAGAGUCGCUCGUCAAGAGAGCUUUGUCAAAUCUGUCCGUCUCAAUUGUCACAUCACUUCCUGGCACCCAUGAAUAUUCGAAGCUGCUUCAGUGGUCCACCUACGAUGCUAUCAACCAUGACCUGACACAUCGUAAUCCUGACAAUGUCUUGUCGUCCUCUUAUGCCAUCAGAAAGGCACUCAUUCGUAAACACUACUUAGCACGAUGCAUUCAUUCGUACUUGACAAAACAUCUCGACUCCGUCCUCAAGGACGCGGUGCCCAGGACAUGGGAUCUCGAGAUCUCUUACGCGGAUGAGCUGGAUGAAAUGUGGAGCGACCAACUUUGGGAUCUUGGCAAUGAAAUUGAUGGCUCCUCUCCGAGUCAAUGGUGGAUUUUGAAGCCUGGCAUGGCAGAUCGGGGAAUGGGCAUCAGGUUGUUCAACAGCAAGGAUUCGCUGUAUCAGAUCUUCGAAGAGUUUGAAGAGUAUUCCGAGGACGAAGAUCAGAUCGAUGACACCUCUGUGAUAAUUUCACAACUUCGUCAUUUUGUCAUUCAGGAAUACAUACCUAGUCCGUUACUCUUGGAUCCCAACGAAAGGUCUCCUUCCGUCACUGUGUUAAACCCACCUGAAAACUUGCAAGGACAUAAAGUCAAUCCGCUCUAUCUUCUCCUCUUCCAUCUACGGGCGUACUUUGUUGCAUCAGGAGCAUUGCAACUAUUCAUGUAUGACCGUGUUCUUGCUCUAUUCGCUGCAGUUCCGUAUGUCAGUCCGACAAAAAGAGAGGAUGUUAACGAUGCGGCCGCUCCCGGAAACAUUGACUUGACACCUCAUCUUACGAACACCUCGCUGCAAAGUGAUCGAGGCGAGGAAGGCGUCCAUCUACUUGAUGAACUCUCGGGAUGUCAUAUCCUAUCCGGAGAUGAUACGGAUCGUGGAGCGUUAUUUACCCCCGAAGAUAUUGAGAACAUAAAAGUUCAAAUGGGCUCCGUUCUCGCGGAAACGUUUAAGGCCGCGUUAGAAAUGCCUAUACACUUCCAGCCGCUUCCAAAUGCAUUCGAAUUGUAUGGAGUCGACUUCUUGGUGUCUCAUGACUCAAGUGGACUCGAUCCAUCAGGCAACUCGCGAAUCUUUCAAGUUAAACUUCUGGAAAUCAAUUCAGAACCCGCUAUCGAAUUAACGGGUCGAAGGCUACAUAGAAUUCUCGAAGACUUGUUUGUUGCGAUCGAGCAGAUUGCAGUACUACCCUUCUUUAGACAGGAAGUUGGAUGCGUACCAAGCAUGGAAGUGCCUGUGGUACCAAGGCACUUGCGGAUGUGUCUUGAUACAAAGGUUCGAGGAUCUGGAGGUUGGUGA